AUGGAUAGCCCACCCAAACUAGCUGGAGAAAAACUCUGAUUGUCCACCACAUCCCACUGGUGCACUGCCAGGUGCCUGAUCGCCAGUGCUGUCCGACUUCCAUAAGGGCCCAUUCUUACAGCAAGAAUGACCUGGGGAUUACCCGAACCACCUCCCUUCCAGAAAGGGACCUUUCUCAGGCUGACUCUCUGGUGUACAGUAGUUUAAUCCAAGUUUCUGAUUCAACAGUCAAAGAAAAGGGAAGCAAGAAGGACGAGGAAUGGCAGGGGACCAUAACUCGUAAGCGCCACAACCCGUUCCUCUUGAACGAUGAUGAUGAACAAAGCACAUCAAGCAGCAACGAUGUGGAAAAGUCAUUCCAUCUCCACAACAACUUAGGUGGACUGAAAUCAGGAUUUCAUUUCCAAGAUUUGUCCUUGCCACCUUUUCACCUUCAUGAUAACCCACCUGUGGUGAAGCCUUGGAUUUUGUCAGGAAGGUCAGAACUUGUGGAUGGACAAGAAGAGAAGACAUCACCUGAUUACUUACAAAAAGGGAAUAAUGGCAACCAAGGUCUAUCAGGGAUAAUCAUGGAAGACCAGGCUUGGCCUAAUCAUGGUGAGCCUACCUUUACUCUAGAUUGGAAUCAAAGCUCUGAUUUGGGGAGCCAAGAUUUUCAGAGAGAGUGCACGUGUACCGGUUCAGAGCCUCUUAGACACUGCCGAUGCUACAGCGCCUCAAGCCAAUCUGAAAUGGACCAGCAGGUGAGCUAUGUCAGUGACUCCUCCUGCAACAGUUCAGAUGGCAUCCUGGUUAACUUCAGCACUUUAUAUAACAAGAUGAAUGGGCAACCUAGGUCCAACAUGAAUUCUGGUAGUCUCUCUUGUGACUCCUCAUUUUGUAGCCAUCCGGACACAGGUGCUUUUUAUCUUGACCUGCAGAGCUCACCCACAGAAUCCAAAAUGUCCUGUGACUCGCAUGUUCAAGAAGCUUCUGGAAAGCCAUGCGGGUGUACCAACCAUUCGUCUUCACCCAUUUUAGAUGCCAACUGUAACUCUUACCAUCUGAAUUGUGAUUCAGCUCAGUGUAAUGGAGAGAGCUCAGAUCUAACCUCCUGUUUUCAAAGCCAGGCCAGACUUGUGGUGGCCACACAGAAUUAUUAUAAGUUGGUGACUUGUGACCUAUCAUCUCAGUCUUCUCCUAGCCCUCCUGGUUCUUCUAUUACCAGUUGUUCAGAUGAUCACACCAAAGGGAGCCCAGUUCAGGCAACCGAAUAUUUCCUCUUUCAACAGCCAGAUAGUAGUUCAGACUCAAAUGACUCAAAACCUGUUAUAGAAAGAUCAAAGUCCGACAUCAUUGAGGGCCAAGUUUAUGUUAAUGUGUCCCCACCAAACUUCAAUACGGGCAGGCAAAGAUCCAGAAGUUAUGAUCGCAGCUUGGACAAGAGCCCUUCAAACCAACUGGGAUCACUAGAACGUAUGAUGAGUUGUCCUGUAAAGCUAAGUGAGGGUCAGGCUCUGCUCAACCAAGGGUCAUCUCCGAAGAGAGUGACAUCCUUUUUGGAAUUAGCUAAAACCAGGAAGAAAAAUGGCACCAGUCCUCCUUUAAGGUCCAGUGGAGACUCUUCCCUGGAGUUCUCACCAAUCCCAGAAUACAAUCGAGAUGGUACCAGAGGUUCCGAACGCGGAGAGUUUCGUAGCCACAGCCUUCCACCUAUGUCCUUCUUGCACUGUAUGAGUCGCACUUGUGAGGGCUGUACCAGUGACAGUCUGGAAACUAAAUCCACAAGUUCUAAUCCAACAGCUAACACUAAUCAAACUAGUGCCAACAUUGACAGAGAUAAUGAUCACAUCUUGACAUGCAGUGGACUGGAUUCAGGAGGUGCUGGGAUCAACUUCCUUCAAAGAGAUAUACGAGCAAAAGGAGAUGGAAUGGGGGCAGAGGCCAAACCAGUGUUCCGCUACAGCAAGGAUCAACGCCCCACCACUCUACCCAUCCAACCAUUCGUGUUCCAACAUCAUUUCAGCAAGCCAAAAACUCGCCCACUGCACAGCCACUUCACUUCCAGCCUUUCCCAGCUCUACGGAUUGUCCAGCAGCCGGUCGUCCAGCCAGCACAAUGUGUCAGAGACCCAAUCUUCAGCCCCGGUCACCCUGUCCGGGCAAAUGGAUGCAACCUGCAGCCAUCCUAAGAUGAUCAGCGUGGCUGGGAAACUGUCUUUGGAUGAGCUGGUGAACACCAAAGAUGAGCAAAAUGGAACCCAGGCCCCGGAUACAACUCGGCCCUCACCACUGGGAAGCUACUCUCCCAUUAGGAGUAAUACCACGUUCUUUCAGAGUAUGGACUCCAGCUCGUCCAGCUCUCCAUCUCCAGAGAAGACCAAGGAGAAUCAACCUCCCAGAAGCCGCUCCUGCCCGAUGUCGGCCAAUCUCUUGCCUUUUAGGUCAACACAAGCCAGGGGCACCACACUUCCGGGAGCAGCCAAACCCACCCGAAAGUAUGAGGUCUCCCCUAAAAUAGAGGUUCAGAGGUCAAUAGCGAACGAGAACCUUUGAAGGAACCUAGCACACAAAUAUCCAAGCAUGGUCUUCCUCCUAUCACCUCACUGCCUCUGCUGAACACCGUCCUUCACGAGCUCACCCAUGACAAUCCUACAACUGAGGAAAACAAAGUGAAAACUUUCCCAGAGAAGAUCAUGAUGUCAAGACCAGUUAAUGCCAAUCACCUGUCCCCACAAGCCCUGAAGUGGAGGGAGUACAGGCGUCGAAACCCGCUGGGCCUUGACCGAGUUCAUGGGCUGGCCGGACUGGCCGGCAGCCUGGACAGGAGGCAGGAGACCAAGAUCACCAAGAGGAACCACUUCUUCGACUUUCCCGGCAGCAUCAAUGGCAACCAUUUACAUUCGCGGUUUCAUGGAAAGCCGUCCUCUCUCAGCUCCAGCGACUUUUUCCCCGAUUAUUUUUCCGUCACGGAGCGCCCCCCGGCUGAGUUUUGUCUGUCUCCCGAUGGCAGCGCCGAAUCUGUCUCCAUCGAUCUCCUACAGAAGAGAGGGCUGGUGAAGGCCGUCAAUAUUGCAGUCGAUCUGAUUGUGGCUCAUUUUGGCACAAGCCGAGACCCCGGAGUGAAGGCCAAGCUGGGGAACAGCUCUGUCAGCCCCAACAUCGGACACCUGAUUCUGAAAUAUCUGUGUCCAGCGAUCCGGGACAUCCUAAGUGACGGCCUCAAGCCCUGGGUCCUGGAUGUCAUCAUCGGCCAGAGGAGGAACGUACCCUGGACAGUGGUGGAGGCCUCCACACAGCUGGGUCCUUCCACCAAACUGCUGCACACCUUGUGUGCCAAAAGGUUAACCAGUUUUCUGAGCUGUCCAAUCACAGCCUGCGGUUCAAUGCCUUCAUCUUCGGCCUUCUUAACAUGUCGGUACGGUUGAGUUUUGGUUGUUUAACCACCUGCAUAACCAUGAAUACAUUAUCUGGGCCCAUUAUGACCCGGUUGGCUUCUUGUCGGUGUCUCAUGGUGUUUGCCAGCCUCUGUUUGAAGAGCUCCUGCUCCUCCUGCAGCCUCUUUCUCUUUUACCCUUUGACCUGGACCUUCUAUUUGAACACCACCUUGUCCUGAUGAGCAGAGAGCAGCAGCAGAAGAAGGAAAUGCUCCGUGUGAAGCAGGACCUGCUCCAGUCUGUGCACUCCACCCUUCAGCUGAUGAGAAGCCGAGAUGAGGAAGAGCAGGGGAGCCAGGAGAAGAAAAGCCUUGAGAAGACAUCCUUAGAGUCCUCUGAUACUGAGAGGCCCACAGGAGAAGGAGCUGCCUGUGUAGAAGUUGGUGAAGAGCAAAAGAAGGAGAACGCUGUGGAGAUAAAAAGAGACAAACAAGCUGGGUGGUGGUACCAACUGAUGCAGAGCUCUCAAGUCUACAUCGAGAACUCCUCCGACACUACCAGGUUCACACGCCAGGACAGGCGAAGACCGGGAAAUGGCGGAACUCCUAAAAAAGUACCACCACCCAGAGAGGGAGUUGUUGAAGGAGCUGAGGCCUGUCCUGCUGUGGAAGGAAUGGCAGAGGAGAAGCCACCAAAGAAAGACACAGUUGAGGACAGUCAUAAGGAAGAGAAAAAGUCCUGGAUGGGAAGCCCUCCUGAGUCAGUACUCAAUGAACUUAAACAAGGGAAGGAGAAGGAGAGCCGGAGCUCCCAAAAGGACUCUCAGCCCAGCGGACAAGAGGCAGCAAAAGAGAACAUUCAGGGCAGUCCGAUCAGGAAAUGGGGACACUUGUUUGGAUCCAGGAAACCCCUGAGUGAAGCCAGGAAACCCCUCAGUGAAGCCAGGAAACCCCUCAGUGAAGCCAAGCAGACAAACAGGUUGCCCUCGGGCUGGCUCAGCCUGGAUAAGUCGAUGUUCCAGAUGGUGGCACAGACCGUGAGCGCAGGGCUCUGGGGAGAAGCAGCCCCGGAGAAGGAGGCCAUGGCAGGAUCAGACGCUGGAGCUCUGUCCCUCUCUCCAUCUUCCCAGAAUAUUCGACAGGUGAAUUCCGUAUGCCAUCGCACAGAGCCGAAACAGCCAGACCUCAACUUUGUCUAUGACGCACACUCUGACCGCCUGCAGUGUGGCCUCGGAAACCGGCACGGUUUGAUGCCUCUAAAGUUUGUUACUCAGCCCGACAGAGUGGACUCCUAA